AUGUACACCACGUCGUUCGCCUUCUUCGAGGCGCUAUGGGACGCCGGCGUGGAGUAUGUCUUUGUCAACCUGGGCUCCGACCACCCCAGCAUCAUCGAGGCCAUGGUCAAGGGCUCCCGCGAAAAGAAGGGCCAGUUCCCGCGCAUCAUCACCUGCCCCAACGAGAGGGGGGGCCAUGUUCAUGGCAAAAGGUUACGCGCGCCUGAACAACAAACCGCAAGCCGUGAUCGUGCACGUCGACGUCGGGACCCAAGGGCUUGGGGCAGCCGUGCACAACGCGAGCGCGGGACGCGCGCCACGUGCUCGUGUUCGCGGGCAUCUCGCCCAUCACGCAGGAAAGGGGAGCUGCGCGGCUCGCGCACCGGAGUUCAUCCACUGGAUUCCAGGACGGUGCCCGACCUAGAAGCAGAUCGGCGCGCAGUACUGCCGCUAUGCGGCCGAGCUAGAAAGACGGGGGUCAAUGUCAAGCAGAUGGUGAAUCGCGCGCUGCAGUUUGCGCGGUCGGGGCCGCAGGGGCCGGUGUAUUUGUGUGGGUCGAGGGAGGUCAUGGAGAUGGAGAUGGAGCCGUAUGAGAUUCGCCAGGAGGAGUGGGAGCCCGUGGAGCUGGGGGGGUUGCCGGCGGGCGCGGUGCGCAGGAUUGCCGAGGCGUUGGCGGGGGCUAAGGAGCCGUUGCUGGUCACGGGGUAUGGCGGGCGGAAUCAGGCGAUGCCGGCGGCGUUGGUGGAGUUGGCGAAUACGGUGAAGGGGUUGCGGGUGUUGGAUACGGGCGGUAGUGAUAUGUGCUUCCCGGCGGACCACCCGGCGUGGUUGGGGCUGAGGUAUGGCGUGGAGGCUGCGGUCACGACGGCGGAUGCGAUCGUUGUUCUGGACUGCGACGUCCCCUGGAUCACGACGCAGUGCAAGCCGAAGGCCGACGCCAAGAUCUUCCACAUCGAUGUCGAUCCGCUGAAGCAGGUCAUGCCGCUGUAUUACAUCGCUGCGCAGCAUCGGUACCGCGCGGAUGGGUUGACGAGCGUGGAGCAGAUCACGGCGCUGCUGCAGAAGGAUGAGGGGUUGAAGGCGCAGUUGUCGAGCGCCGAGAGCGACAAGAGGUGGGCGGCCAUGGAGGAGUCUUACAAGAAGCAUUUGGAGACGAUCGCGGUCCGGUCCAAGCCGCUCGAGAAUGGCGAGUUUGGGACGAGCCACCUGUGCGCGAAGCUAAAGGAAUUGUGCCCCGAGGACACCAUCUGGGCCAUCGAGGCCGUCACCAACACACUGUUUGUGCACGAAAGCCUCCAGCCAAAGCUGCCGGGGCAGUGGAUCAACUGCGGCGGCGGCGGUCUCGGCUGGUCCGGUGGUGGCGCCCUUGGUAUCAAGCUAGCGACGGACCAUGAGGCGAAGCUCAAGGGUGAAAAGGGCAAGUUUGUGGUACAGAUCGUGGGUGAUGGCAGUUACCUCUUUUCGGUACCAGGGAGCGUGUACUGGAUCGCCAAGCGGUACAACAUCCCCAUCUUGACUAUCGUACUGAACAACAAGGGCUGGAACGCGCCACGCAAGUCCCUCCUCCUCGUCCACCCCGAAGGACUCGGGUCGCAAGCGAGCAACGAGGAGAUCAACAUCUCCUUCGACCCAUCCCCGGAUUAUGCCGGCAUCGCAAAGGCCGCUGCCGGAGGGGACAUCCACGCCGCCAAGGUUGAUAAGGCGGCUGACCUGGAACGGGUACUCAAGGAGGCCAUCGAGGUCGUCCAGGGGGGGCAGACUGCGGUGCUUGACUGCAAGGUUUCCAUGGGCUGCUAG